AUGCGUUGGACACCAAUUUUGGCGCUCUUAUUAUGCGCAACGAUAAUUUCUGUUUUGGCUGUAAAAUCAACGACGAAAAAAGGAGGAAAUGUAGUUGGAGGGACUGCCGUGAAACGACCAAUGGUGAAGAAAGUUCCGAUGGCAAAUAAGAAUAUUCAAAGAUUGAAUCAAAAGAGAUGGAGAGAACCACCAAGAGAUUGUUCAGAUGCACCAAAACAUUUGAAGCAAACUUGUUUGAUGAUUCGUCGAAUGGAUCUCGCUACACGCCGUCGUUUGGCUCGUCAAUCUGUCCGUCAGACCCGUCCAAAUCAAGUUCCAAACUGGCUUCAACCUAUUCCAGUGCCAGCAAAUGCUCGUGGACAAGCUGCUUAUCACCCAUAUGAUUGCAUGACUCUUCUCUGCUUGUGCCCAUUUUUCAAUGGAAGAAAUGUGAAUGGACAAUGCGUUUUGUCAAAUGGUGUUGUGUUGCAAAUGUCGUGGAGAAAGGAGUAUCGUAUGAUGAGUGAAGAUGAGAGAAGAAGAUGGCACAAUGCAUUGAAUACAUUGAAGAGAAACGGAGAGUACGAUCGCCUUUCACGCCAGCAUUUAGAAGUUGGAGUAGGAUCAGGCGCUCAUUCUGGACCAGGAUUCCUUCCAUGGCAUAGAGAAUACUUGAAGAGAGUUGAAAUUGCCCUCCGAAUGGUUGAUCCACUUGUAUUCAUUCCAUAUUGGGAUUCUGUUAUGGAUUCAUAUCUUCCUGAUCCAAGAGAUUCAAUUCUUUUCUCUGAUUUGUUUGUUGGAGGCACUGAUUACUAUGGAAAUGUGAUCACUGGACCAUUUGCUUACUGGAGAACAAUUGAAGGAAGAUCAACUAUUUUGAGAAAUCUUGGAGCCGAAGGGCAACUUUUCAAUGAGAAUCAAGUCAACACAAUUGUUGCUCAGAAUACAAUUGAGAACACUUUGGCCUACACUGCUCCACAACCAGGUUGCCCAUAUCCAAAUAACUAUGGAGCCAUUGAAUAUUCUCACUCGAACAUUCAUCUUUGGAUCGGAGGAGACAUGAAACCACCAAGCACUUCUGCCAAUGAGCCAAUCUUCUUCAUGCAUCACUCAUUCGUCGACUAUCUUUGGGAACUCUGGCGUCAACUUCAACAACCAAGAUGGCUCCGCGAGCAAGCAUACUCUGCUGAUCACCCAACAUGUGCCAACUGGCAACAUUUCAGUUAUGCUCCAAUGAGACCUUUCCCAUAUUUGGUUAACAGAGAUGGACUCUCCAAUUCGUACACCGACCAGAUGUACCGUUACGCUCCACGUGCCACAUGCUCCCAUCAGAGACCAAACUGCGGAUCCCCUUACUUGUUCUGUGAUACCAGAGGAUAUCCACAUUGUGUCUCAAAGAUCAGAUUGAAUGGAAAUUGUCGUGGAUUCGAGCAAAACGAUGCCUGUUACGCUUCAAGAUGUUGGUGGGGAAGAUGUGUAAAUGCUAACUUUGCUGCUGCUCGUAUGAAGGGAGCUCGUACCCAUUCCAACUCUACUCUGAUUGACCUCGAACUUGCAAACAAAGUGACUGUAAAUGGAACUAAAGUUGAACGUGUCCCCCUUGUCAAGCGAAUUUCCGUCAAAAUGACAGCUCCUCUCUUCGUUGACUGCUACAACCGUAUGCCAUGCUGUGAUUCGUGGGCAAAGACUGGAGGAUGUCAACGUGAACCAGAAUUCAUGAGUCAAUACUGUCAAGCCAGUUGUAACACUUGCACUCCAUCAUACAAUACAACGGAUUCUUGCACUGAUAGACAUGUUAAUUGUGUUGCAUGGAAGGCCGACAAGAUGUGUUCUGGAAAAUCAGCUGAUUUCAUGUCAGAGAAUUGUAGACAUAGCUGUGGAAAGUGUGAACUGGCAAGAGAUUCUCAAUGCUUCAAGAAUGGAAAGAUCAUCUCCAUUCCAGUUUCCCAAAAUCUUCGUGAAUCAAUUUCCGAUUCUCUAAUGUCAGAAGUCACGAACCGAAUCAAAAAAGUCAAGAAACAAGAGAUUGAUGCUACGAAAAAAGUUCGUCAUGGUUAG